UUUAAGAUACAACUUUUAUUUAUUUCAUUUUUUUUUAGUUUUCUUUAUCCUUGUCUCUGUUAGGUUGUGAGAAACUGAGAGUAAACAAAAUUUAGAAUAAAGAUGGUGGUGAAAAUUUAUGGUCCGGUUACUGGAGCUUGUCCACAAAGAGUGAUGGCUUGUCUUUUCGAUAAAGAAAUCGACUUCGAGGUCGAAACCAUCCGCCUUGAACUCGGAGAACACAAAAGGCCAGAGUUCCUUGCAAAACAGCCAUUUGGUCAAGUGCCUGUAGUAGAGGACGGGGAUUUCAGGCUUUUUGAAUCAAGGGCGAUCAUAAGGUACUACGCAGCUAAAUAUGCAGAUCAAGGAACGAACUUGCUGGGCAAAACACUAGAGGAACGAGCUUUGGUAGAUCAAUGGCUUGAAGUUGAAGCACACAAUUUCAAUGAACUGAUAUACACUAUUGUAUUUCAAGUGGUGAUACUUCCUCGAAUGGGUCAAACUACUGACUCAGAGUUAGUAGGUAUUAGUGAAGAGAAACUCGGAAAAGUUCUUGAUAUAUACGAAGAACAAUUGUCCAAGAACAGUUAUCUUGCUGGAGACUCGUUCAGCCUCACCGAUCUGGGCCACCUCCCAGGGAUUCGGUAUCUGAUGAAUGAGGCAGGGAAGGGUUAUCUUGUCAAGGACAGGAAGAAUGUGAAUGCCUGGUGGGAAAAUAUUUCAAACAGGCCUGCUUGGAAGAAAGUUCUGAAACUCAUGGAGAAAAAUUAGUUCAAGCAAUGCCUAUGAAUUAUUUAUCUGUUGGUUUAAGUACUACGGAGUAUGAAUUAUGAAAGGUUUUCUGUAGAUAAGGAAAACUGAUUGACAUUGCUGUUAUGGUUUCUGUCUAGAAAGUCUUUUGCUGCGGCAAUAUUCUAAAAUAAAAACUUGUGUUUUUAUAUUGUGCCA